AAGAAAGCCUCUUCUCAUUAUAUAUUGCCAAAGCCAAUCUCUUAGCCUUGAAUUGAUAGACUUCACAUUGUUUGGCUUUGGUGAUAGGAACAAAGAAACGAUGAAGAGGUCUCCAGCUUCUUCUUCCUCUUCCUCUCCUUCCUCUCCUUCUUCCUCAUCAUCUUCUUGUUUGGGGCCUGACACUCCUCACCUCCCAUCAUCAGAGAAACCCAAGGCUAAAAGGGCUAGAAAAGAUCAAAACUCUGAGAGAUGCUUGAAUGCAAACAGUCCAAACUCUGGCAGAAGAAGCUCCAUCUAUAGAGGAGUCACCAGGCAUAGAUGGACUGGGAGGUUUGAAGCUCACCUUUGGGACAAGAGUUCAUGGAAUAACAUUCAGAACAAGAAAGGAAGACAAGUUUAUUUGGGGGCUUAUGACAGUGAGGAGGCUGCUGCUCGUACCUAUGAUCUUGCUGCACUCAAGUACUGGGGCCCAGAGACAACCUUGAAUUUUCCGAUAGAUAGAUAUGAGAAGGAGAUGGAAGAAAUGAAGAAGGUAACAAAGGAGGAAUACUUGGCAUCUCUAAGGCGGCGGAGCAGUGGGUUUUCAAGGGGAGUUUCAAAGUACCGUGGGGUGGCCAGGCAUCACCACAAUGGGAGGUGGGAAGCACGAAUUGGUCGAGUCUUUGGGAACAAAUAUCUCUAUUUGGGAACUUAUAACACUCAAGAGGAAGCAGCAGCAGCGUAUGAUAUGGCAGCAUUGGAGUACAGAGGGACCAAUGCCGUGACCAACUUUGAUAUUAGCCAUUACAUAGAACGUUUGAAGCAGAAGGGCAUUUUGUUUGUAGAUCAAACGCAAGAACAAAUUCCUCACUCUUCGGGAGCUGAACGAGGUGGAGCCGAAACAGCACAACCGCAGCAGCAGCAGCAGCAACAACAACAACAACAACAAGAACAAUUACAGCAACAAGGAGAAGAAGAAGAAGCUGAUCCCCAACACUUCCAAUACAUGCAAAUGCAGCAGCUCCCUCUAUGCAUUGACAAUGCCUCAAUGGUUGGUAUGGAGACAGCUGAUAGCAAUGAGCUAGCAUGGAGUUUCUGCAUGGAUUCAGGGAUGACCUCACUUUUGGUUCCGGACUUCCCUCUUGGAAAAACCGGUGGAUUACCAAACCUGUUUGACGAUACGGGGUUCGAAGAUAACAUCGACUUGAUAUUCGACGUAGGGCCUAAUGAAAAUGAGGGUGUCGGUCAAGUUGGUGUCUCCAUGAACAUGGAGGUAGACAUGGGGAAGGAAAGGUUGUUGCCUUCAUCUGAUUCUCCAUUUUCCUCAACAACCACAGUUUCUUGUAACUACUCUGUUUAAAUGGUUCGGCAAUAUGGGUUAUAAGAGAUGGGACUGUAAGGGGGGAGUUUUUGUUGUUGGAAAGCUGUUGUGGGUGGGUGGUGGAUGGAUGCCAAAGAUUCAAAGUAUCUUUGGGUUUUUGUAUUUGUUUUUUUCUUUUUGAAUUUCCUUUCUUUAAUUUAAUGAUAUUUUGAAAAGGAAAAAGAAGGAAUUAAGAGGGGCAAAAGGAGGUGAACUUGAGAGAUCUUCGCCUGUUUUUG